UUCAAUCCGGGUACCUUUGUGGUCUUCAUAGUUCGCCUUUCACUAAAUCCAUAAACAUCCAUAUGCGUGUAUGAAAACGCAUCUAUGCCCAUGCCCCCCCCCCUUCUUUUUUUAAAAUUUAAUUUAAUUACUGUCCUUUUCCUUCUUGUGUUUCCUUUUUUGUCUCAUAGGUCACAACGGUUUAUAACUUUCAGACAAAGAGUUCAAGUGCAUUAAAACAGAAAAAAUAUAUGUUUGUGCGAGUCGAAUAAUAGUACAUGGGUUUGAACGAGCAUUAACAUUGCGCUGGUAGAUUAGCGUGAUUAGCUAGCAACUCGAUUGUCACUUACUCAUCUAGGAACAAACUACAACAACACAACAGACGUUGAUCAUUAGCUGAAGGUGACUAUUUUAGCUUAUCUAUUCCUUGUAAAAGGUACCAAGUUUCGUGCCCCUCUUGUUUUCAAAUUAUUGUCAUAUCUAAACUGGUUCAGAGGUAAGAGUUCUCCAUGGUGGAAAAGAGAAAAGCGAGACAUGGUUUUAAACAUGUGUCUUUUAUAGAAAGCAAUAAACUGAUACUGGCGCCCCACACGUUCAGGUGGUUGUGGUGCGGAUUGAGUAAGUGAUCAGAUGUGCGGCAAAGUGGUUCACCUCAGCUUACGAUAUCUGCUUGAGAAGAAAUGAUUCAAACAGGACACAGCAGAGAGCUUUGACCCUUUUGAGAAUUUUAGUUCAGAGCCUGUCUGAUGUAAAUAAGUUAUAUAUAUAUAUAUAUAUAAUAUUUGUAGGUAAAUGCUUAAAUUUUCAAAUGAGAAAAGUACACUUCAAGUCUUAACAGUCUUGCUAGGUUAGUGAGUAUCGCCAUUUUAGCACAACUAUCGUUGCGGCCCAUAUACUAGCGAAAAACAAGAAGAAUAAGGAAGGGCUAUGGUAGGCAUUGGUCGUACUUAGCGUUCAUUUGAUUCGCUUUUGAAGUUGAAAUUACCAUGCUUUAAAAACAUUAGGAGUACCUGUAAUCGUAGGAAUAGACACGAAUACAGCAACCCUGGGUGAUAAGACGAAUCCAGAAAUGCACACGUACGGUGACCGUACAGAGCAGAAGAUCCAUUUGACGUCAGCGUAGAUUCCUCAUCGGCUCCACCAUGUCUGCAGCAUCGUUCCGCGGCCGGCCACCAUCGUAUCGUUUGCUUGUUUUUCGAACAGACAGAAUAGGCCGCCCGUAAAAGGAGGCGGCCCCCGCCGGAGUUGACGCGCUCUCUUCUGUGACGGUACCGACAUCGAAGCUUUGUACAGAAGCUCGAGGGGAACAACUGCCUUUGCCUCUCUACCGUUGUCGAAUCACUUCUGGGAGAAGACUGUUACCUGUGCCUUGAGCAGAUAUUGACUGUCCUGGUAGAUUCAAACACAAUCUUCGAACGGCCGUGAGAACAGCUAGUGUCCAGUCCCUAGGUAUUACCAUUAACCUUACUUUUCCCAAGUAAUCUGAUGCUGUUUAGCGUAGAAAAGGCUGAUGCCUCUAAAUCGAACAUCAUCUUCGCUGGUGGUAAAAGGUCGUGGCCGUUGAUACGCUACUGUCUAUACGUACGUAUGAUAAUUCAGUUAUCUGGAUCACGCAAAUAGUACAAGUGAUUUCGUCUUAAUGCUUGGUUUGAGCAUCACGGAGUUAGAGUAUAAUCAACAUUCGUUAGUUAAAAUUUCUGCAGUAAGAUACAGAAUAUCCGUUUCAAGCGAUGAUUGGCAACCGUUGCAAAUAUAAAAAUUAUAUAUACUAAUGCGUUGAAACAAGUGAGAACUGAGGUGCUACUAUCAGCUGAAAAAAGGCUCGCAAGCUAAGGCACAACAGUACUCACUUCAUUUCGAAUCGUUACAUGGGUUUUGCAAGACUUAGUCUGUUGAGAAAACAUUAAUGGCGGCAAACGUUGUCUGGUGUAAUACAUGUAAAAUAUGUACAAGUCGAAACAUUUACGCUUUCAGAAGCACUCUGAGUGCCCAGUUAUUGCAUGUACCCGUUUCUUAACCAAACUCUCUGGAAUGGACAGUUCCUAUUUUCGCUGUCAUGUACUUUGAUAUAACCGCAGCGAAAACGUCAGACCGACAGACCUCCCAGCAGGUUUUCUGGAUCGCGCGUGUUAGCGUUGAAACGGUACCAGAUGCCACCAUUAUCACUGCUGUAACUGAGCCUUUUAUUCUCUACAGCCUGUAUUCUCCUAGGUUUUCUGAGACACUCAGCUAGAACAUGCCUGAAUACUAGAGCUACAUGAUUCGAAACCGUCUAAGAGCAGCUGGCGCUUCGAGCGUCGCGUGUAGACAUGAAUCAACUGAUGAAGCAACUAACUAAAACGUACAAUCUGUUGACACAGAGAUCGUAAUGUCAAAAAGUGCAUCGUACAGAUGCCUCUUUGCCCAAAGUGCUCUUUUUGUUGUUUUUGUAAAAACAGCUGUUGUAUCUAUUGGCAGUCUACUGCAAUUACGACACUUUUGAAGUAUUUAGCAGGAGAUCUCGCCCGUACUUAUGUAUCUAAGUACGGCCAUUUUUAUGUAACAUUUCAGCGUUUUAUACAGAGGUUGAGUUCUCAUUGAACCCCCUACUUGUGCAUUUUCCCAGUGCGUCAGCAUCUGUUGGAUUUCAUGAGGUCUAAAGGACGACCUCAUACGAGAUACUCAUCCACGAGAUUGACCAGCCAACAUCUCCAACUGCGUCUUGACAAACGCAUACAAACGGGAACAAUAUUAAUUUGGUUAGAAUUAUCUUCAUUUAUAGAGUGCUAUAGAGUGAAUAUGUAUUCUUCAUUUGCUCAACUGACACCCUUUGCUUAUGGACAUUUCUAUUUAUGUAGGCCUUUGUGUCGGCCGUGCCAGAUAUACAGCUAUAACUUUCGUACCCAUUCCCCUACUACUAAAUAUUUCCCAUAUCUGAUCAUCUUGAGGUUGAGAACCGCCAUUGUGUCCAGCUCUGUCUAAAAAAACCGACACUUUUACUGUCAUCAUUGCAUGCAACAGAAACAAGACGGCAGCAUUAGCAUCAACUGGGUAGGAGACUCAUGAGGCAUAGUUGAAGUCAUUCAUAGGGCUCCCCGUUUUUAGUUGACAUCCCGUUGGCUCAAUCUACCUGGACAGAGCUCUAUCUUUCACUUCUUUUUCCGUCCAGUGAUGAUGACGACUUUUUCUUAUGUUAGCGUUGGUGGAUGCCUCGUCGUACGUUAUGGACAGCACCUUCGCGCGGAGCAGCCAGCCACGACGACAGGACUGCCGUCGACGAGUCGUCGCAAACAACAGACAGUAAACAACUGGCUAUCGGGCUGCGCAGAUAGCAGCAGUAUCGACAGCACCAGAAGCUGUAGCGGGAGCUUCGCCACCGUACGCACCAGGAGAAAUGAGCUUUCGAAAAAGGAACAGAACGAAGUCUAGACCAGAUAAUCGUCCGACUUCCAUUACCGUAUCAGCAACUACCAUGACAAUAAUACGGCAUCAAUGAAGUACACGCUAGCUAUAAGCAACACGCAAGCGGCGACCUCUUGUUACGCGAUGAGUGGAAGUACUUUUGGUUGGCAAAACGUUUUAGCCACACACAAAGUCGUCUACGUUUUAUUUAACUCCAAUUUAUCCCACUGGUUGCAAAUUAUUACAGAGCUACGGUGAGAGGCAGAAGUAAUAAUAGUAGGUUAAAUUAAACUAAAACUGAGUAGCAGUUUUGAUUUUGCUAAGUGCUCAACAACCUUGAAAUGAAGCGUCAGAAGACCUUUUCUGGUCGCUCUCACUCUUGCUGCUGCUACUGCUCAUCAGGGUAGCUCAAACUGAGCGUUAGUUCUGUAUUCGGUAUUAGAAAGACGACGACACCGAUUCCGGAUAAGGUGUAUUGAAAUAAGAGGCUGUUGUUUGCGUCGACGACUAACUAGCGCGCAUUAAGAGCGAACAUUCCGAAGGCUUGUAGUUUAUCGUAUGCAAUACAGUUUAAGACGCAUUUAUUGAGCUUAUAUAAGAUUUCUAUUUGUACAAAACUGUUCGAUCACUCUUGCAGCGAUAAGGCUGCAAUACGCUUGUGAAGCAUGGAACAACCUUGAGUAUUAUCGCAGUAUAUGAUUCGACUAUAGCUUAUAUACUGUGCUUUUCUACUAGGUCAUAGCAGCUACUAGCGAAAUCGAUUUAAUCAGACUUACUAUCUCUACUGGACCAUUCAGUCUUCAAACCUUCUUCGAUAUCUAUAUGCCGUAUGUAUAAAUACAUGCAUGUAUAGACACACGCUCAUAUAUAUUAUUACUACCACUGCUUCUAGUAAGGGUUGGCUGGCGAGUCACAGUCGAGGACCCGAUCAGGUCGAGGCAACAAGGCUUGCCGGUCUGCUCGAAUCCGACAGGCUUGGGCCAACUUGGAAGACCGAAUUCGCGCACAAAAGGCCGCAGCUCUUCUGCUGCUGUUGCUGCGCUGCCGCAGCACAGGAGCGACCGAAGCGGCCCAAGUGUCCGUCAGCUGGCGUCUGCGCUGCUGCUACUGCCGCCGUCGAUUCGACCCGACCCAAGCGAAGCAAAGCGAGAUCUACAGCGACCAGCUACGACCCACCGGAGCACCAUCAACAAACCAAUAGAUGGAGACCAACAGCAGCGGCAACCGUAAUAACGAGAGCCACUAACGAAUGAGUAACCGGCAGCCGCCUCUUGUUUGUCGCCGCUGCUCAGCUCGAACUCAACCACUCUCCGGCUGCUGUUGUUGUCGGUGCUCCUGAUGCCGCAAGCUGCCGACGUUGAUACUGUUCAUCUUUGCUUGAACUCCGACCCUCUCCGCAUCCGGUGCCGCUCUUCCUAUUCCGCUCGGGCUGUGCGCAGCAGCGGCCGUGGUUCGGAUCUCUGAGCGACCGGGAGGAGAAGCUGCAUCACCUUGGUUCAGUGCUUGCUCAGCGCCUAGUCCAGCUCAGUUGAACGUCGGAGCUCAGCGAGAACGCUUCGUCAAAAGGCCAAUUCGAGAGCGACGGCAACUUGGUGGGCCAGCUAUCACUGUUUGGUCACAUAGUGAAACGGCUCUUAACGUCAGUAACACGGUAGUGUUCCGACCAAAAAAGAACAGAGAUAGGAGUGAAGACUGAAGUGUGCGUGGACAAAGAAAAUAAACAGAUGUGGUAUGAUGUGUAUUGCAUGAUAAAAGGAUAUUAAUGCCUGAUGCGGGCAGAAGAAGUUAAAGCAGCGCCUUUUUAAUAAGGCCUGUGGGCUCUUCUGAGGAUUUAUUACGUGUGAUUUUUCCGCGUAGGCCAUCAAGUAACUGUUACAACAUGUCGAAUUACAACAAUUUUAACUUUGCAAGACCGCGCUGUGCAGAGUCCCUACCACGGAUACCUUCGUACAACGUGAAUGUUCACAGCCAGACGUCGCAUUACCCGCAAAAAAUGUCAACUGGCGCUGCUUCGGUAGCACCUGUAACGGCUCCGGAAUAUACCGAGAUUACGCUACGGCCGCAGAUGCACCCACGGGGCCACUCUGCCGAAGCCAAUUCACAUACCUUAAGUCGCACUUCAGCUGCUGGAACAUUCUUUGGUGUGUACGGUGUAUCAAGUGUAACGACCGCUCAUUCAGCGCCUUCAAUGCCAAACCGAAGUAAUACACUCGGGACAUACGGUCGAAAUGCUGCGAGGUGGUCCAAUGUUGCCAAACGUAACUCUUUAGGCCAUACCCUGUUGUUGGACAAAGGCGGCAAUGCUCUUGAUGAUUUCUACCGCACCAUCGAUUCGAAACCCUCGCAGUUCAUCGUUGGGCGACAAAAUUCUGCACGACCUCAUCACGUUUGUUAUUCGCUACAAUGCCCAUGCCAACCAUCGGCGACCCCUUCGUCAGCAAUCAUGUCCCGUCCGACAGUUACCGCAAUUCCCACCAUCACCGGUAGUAUGAUGUCGAAUGAAGCAGCAAUGCCGCCUUUAUCGGCGUACUACCCUCAACAACAAACGCAGACUUCGCAUUCUCAGGCUCGAGUUCCGCAGCAUACUUCAGUGGCUCCGCCUGACCUCGAACGUUUCCGUCGCCCGGUAGAAUCUCCUACACUUAGUGAAUCUCGCAGUUCAUUGGCUAGCUCACAGCAGCAGCAGCAACAUCAACAACAUCAGCAGCAGCAGCAGUCAUUUGGAGCAACUGCACAGCCACAGUUGAAUGCUCAAGGACAUCAUCCGAAUGGUUAUCAGGACCUGGAAGAGACGUCCUCGGAGGCCAGCUCGACUAGAAUCGCCUCUAGGAUGAGCGGAGACCCCAACGUUACUACUUCGACAGAAAAUGAUACCCGCCAGCUUACUAAUGGAUGCAACCCAGCUAACAAUCCUCCACCACCGCCAUAUUCGCCAUAUUGCCCAGCGCUAACGACGACAACAACAGUGAUUCAUCAUGCCAUUCCACCAAAUAAGAAAGAAAGCCUGUACUCGAAACUGCCCUCAUCGGUUUCAUCCCGCCAGACGUUAAUGCGUGCUGUCUACUGUUCGUCCGUACUGAUCGCGAUGCUGACGGCGCUUUGUAUUGUAAUACUGGUCCUUUUCGGCGGGCGCACUGAGGGUGGUGCCUCGGCACUGCUCUCAGAAGACAUCUUCGGCAAUGCGAUGGCAACAGGAAUAGGCUCCGGAGCGCUCUCUGUUGUUCCCGCACCCACUGAUCUUGUCGACCGUUCGCAGGUGAUCAUCGUUAAUCGACGUAAUCCCACGCAGUCGGCCGAACAAGCUGCGCAGCUCUCCGACUUGCUAGCAUUGGUCGGCGCGUACAAUGCUACAGCUAGGGAUGCGGCAUUCCCGUCCCAGUUAAUUCAAACGGUCCAACCCGGGUGCACCGCAGAGGAGCAAUUCGGGUAUCGGCAAGGCGAGCCGUGUGUGGCAGUCGUUUUGCGUCCCGAUCCUGCUUUCGUCCCAGUACCAUUGGCUUCAUCCGACAGUUCAGAUACCACAGAUAACGCAGGUAGUAACCUACUUGAGCUCGAGUGCCUUUGCGAGAAUCGUCGUAACGUUCGAGUCGCCUAUUCUCCAUAUCGAGGCUUCCCGCUACGAUUCUUCCCGCGGUCGGCUCGAGCAUCGCCACUGCUUGUUAUGCUCCGCUUCGAAGAUUUACCGUUGAAAACUGAAUUGCGCAUUUCGUGUGGUCUUCGAGGUGCCCGUAAUAUCGACGCUCGCAACGACCGUGUCAAUUUCCAGAUUAUGGUCAUCUAAAUAAGUCAAUCACUGUGUACGAACUAUGAAAUUAUACCGAACAGAAGAGAAACAAAGGAAUGAGAUGAAGAAAACAACAAACCUCUCAAGCUGUAGCCCCAAAGAAUACAAAACCCUUCAGAAGAAGCUGGACCAUUUACAGAUAUUUUGCUGUUCCCUGGAGGGAAUCAAACGGUUCAGUUACUGUUGGAACAAUAAGCUAAAGAUUACCACUGCUUUAGGGUUAUUCUGAAGAAAUUUGAAACAACCCUCCCCACGUACAAGAGUAGCUCAGCACGAUGAUCAGCCAACCUCGCACAGAGAGUUCAUGUGAAUGUAAAUUUUUGUAGAUAAACUCACAAAUUUUUGCAACACGAACACUUGCAAUGAUCUGACUACGUUCGAAUACGGAUACGUUCAUGUAGUCAAACGAAAAUCUGUUAAUUACCGACUGUGUGGUGGUGACUCACGCUGGCGUGAUGAAGGCGGAUAACGUUAGGUUACCUGCUUCGUUCGCCCUGCGUAUUAUAGGACGCUAAUCAGCUAUACACAUAACGAAAGUCAUAUGAAGAGAUGAAAGGGGAGAAAGAAAGAGUAAUAUAAUGCGUUGAAGGAGACGAGUUUUUCGUACGUCGCGCAAAUUCUAUUUGCGUGUCAGUGCGAGGAAACUCCAGUGUAAAAUCAAAGCAUGUAAAUAUCUAAUCUCGAUAUUCUACGCGUAUCGUGGAAUCAUGCGUUGUCCGUGGACGACAUCUUUAAGACGACAGGCUCAGACUUACUGCGCUAUUGCCAGCCGGUACCAGACGAGUUACAUUAAAACAAGUAAAUAAUAAAGAGUAACAUGAGUAGUCGUGCUGACCUUUUAUACGGUUGCUGACUUAAACUAAAUCGAAAUAAGCGUAUAUUAUUCACAAGGCUACUCGAAAGAUCCAGUCUCCUCGGUGUCUUACUUUGGUUACUGCAGUAAUGAUGAAUGAGAUAACAUCAAUAUGACUGUAUGUAUUAAGAUAAAAAGGUAAUAAUUUAUUGAUAAUGAUUUAAUUACAUUUUCUAGUCUUGUACGAUGUCCAUGUGAAUGGGAGAGAGAAACGUGAUGGCGAAAACGAAGACAAUUCGAAGAAUAAAGAAGUAUGGAAUGGUACAAACGAACUACAAAUGAACGACAAAUGGAACAAAGAUUUGACGCAGCGUCAAAAACAACAACGAUGCACAAUAAUAAAACAAAG